AUGACCUGCAUGUCGGAAUUUCGCUUUUUCCUCGAUCUCCCUCGGGAGCUGCAGGACGAGAUCGUCUCUAACGCCAUACCCCCGCUGACGGUACCCUGUCAAUUCCUCACCGGAUUAAGGGUAUCCGCAGGCGAGCACAGCUUACUCUCGCUCAAGCUUUCGUGCCGCAGCAUCAACGAAGCCGUGCAGCGAGUGCGCCAGGUCAAGGCCUUCUCCGCUGUGCAUAGACCCCCAGGCCCGCCUAUCUUCAGCUUCAACCCAGAAAAGGAUACCCUGCGAGUGCGGGAAAUGCGGCUGCCAAGUUCCACAAGCUCACGUGUCGAAAACGCUGCAGGUCUUCCGGUCAAGAGACUCAUUUCGAUGACUAAAAAGCUGUCUGUUUCCUUCAAAUUGUGGCUGGACAAACUCAAUCCAAGCGCCCCUCUUGACUUGUACGACCCGGCUUCACCAGCCAGAAAGCUCAAACUCGACAAGCUACCACAUCUCCAGGAGCUCAUCAUCUCAAACCCUCGCUUUUGGACGGAAGGCCCCCAACAUGGAGAGGGGUUAGAACCAUCACAAGAAUCUCUGCGACAACAUAUCGGACAUGCUUGGGAGGAAAACCGCGAAAGAUACCGCGACCACAUGUUAGAGAUCCUCACUUCGUACACCAGCGCUAGAAUGAUGAGCCGACUCCCGGAUCUCCAGCCAAUGAUCGGCCUACAUGGUCACACUUGGGGGGGAGAUAUGUUUGGAGGGAUAUGGGCUGGCUUCAGAUACUUCGAAGAGACCCAAGAGGUGUGGUUCAGCCCACUGACGUGGUAUGAGGUUCGCGACAUCAUGAUGGUACCAGCCACAAGCACGACAUGUGACGAGGAAGCCCUGUUUGAAGAACACCACGCGCAGUUCGUUGCUCGCAUCUGGAUCAUCCGCAGCGGUCAAGCUGCACCCAAGGAUGAACCACACCACCGUUGGGCAAAGGUCAAUUACAUGGAGGGUAGGGAGCCUGAAUGGGCUUACAAGAUGCUGUUCACCUGGGAAGCGAUUUGGCGACUGGUAGACGCACAGACUUACGGGAAGGAACUUUACACACUGCGGGACUGA